AUGUUGCUUACCCAAAUUUUAUUAGCUCUCCAGCUCUUACAUUACUAUAACGCGGCAGCGCUUCCAAUGCCACCUUCAACGCAUCUGGUCAAAAGGAUGGAAAGGGUUUCAGAGGCUACCCAGGAAAUAGGGACAAGCAGGGGAUCUUUGAGAUCAAGCUUCAAUUCUGAUAAAAGUUUAGCAGUAGGAAGAACGCUCGGGGGAAAGCGUGAAGGUGCAGCAUCCUUAAAAAUUUGGGAUCCUGAGGAUAAUUUUUCAGCAGGAGAAAUGCUCAAGGAAGACGGCAAAGGUAAAGAAAUCGCAGGAGGGUCAAAAAGUGCGAAAUAUUUCACUACAGCCGGAGGAAACCAUAUUGUUAAAGUUAAAGAAAGUUGGCCUGCUCUAGUUAAGGAACCAUCAUCUCACCUAUUGGGAACAGGAGUUUUUAGGAUAAACCUUAAAACCGAAGACAUAACAAAGCGAUCAAAGGACCAUUCUGAAGCCGCCGAAAAGUUUGCCCAAUUCCUUAAGGGAUCUCCUUUAGAUCAAAAGGAAAAUGUAGAAAAAAAUGUGGCAUCAUCUUUGCAUGAUCCAGAACUUGCCAAGGAAAAGACAAAAGCCGAGGAUAAAUAUUCCGCCAAACAAUUGCCUAAAGCAAGUACCAGUCCAGAUGAAAAGUAUUGCAAACAAUGGCCUCAACCAAGUACCAGUCAAGCUGAAGAAUCUUAUGGACCAAAAGACAUAGGAAAGAUAGGUGGGCCACCAGAAAAUGGAAUUGGCCAUGGUGUAGAACAGGGAAAGAAAUAUGAAGGAAUGAGAUUUAGCCCCACAGUUCGAUAUCAACCAGCAUAUGCCACCAGUGAUCCAGAUUGUAAGCUGCAGAACCUGUUAUGA